AUGAGGGAGGAAUUGGAGCUACGUGCCCGUGGUCGAAUACGUAAAAGAUCAAACAUGAGGGCACCUGCUACAGCUCCAACGGUUGGGGCAGUAAUGUAUACCCAUAUGUCCUUGAAGUUCCAGGAAACAAUUGCAGGACCCAAUGACCUUGCAGGAUUCAAUGAUCCUCCUGACACAGGCCUGGAACGAAUAAAAAGAAUUUCAUAA